AUGGGUAAACGAUUUCAUUCGCAUCUGGAAAUAGGCAAAUCUAUUAUUACAUUGAUUAUUGGCUUACUCUACCAGCCACAUGAAAAUAAUUCUGCAAAGUCCAUAAGAGAUUUUUCAGAGUUCAAAUUUAUAUCUGAACAUCUCCAUAACUUACAAUAUACCUGCAGACCAACAACUUUUACAGACUGCUUUGUGCCAGGAAAUGAGUUACCAUCCCAACAACCUUACCAGCAAGCACACUUCAGCAUCGUGCAUAAAGGCUCCAGUCCCAUGGAGAGAGGCCAGGCAGAAGUCUUGAAGGCCAGACUCCUCUACCGGGAUGUCUGCUUGGCAGCUCAGCAUCUUGACUCUUUCCUUCAAAAGAGAAAUGCCCACCAAGAGGUUUUCAAGCCUCAUGUCCUAGCCCUCAGGGCUACAUUUCACCAAGUCUGCAUCAAACUCAUGUUCCUGUACCCAGUGGGUUAUGGGAGGAAAGCGGAAGAACUGCUGUGGAGGAAAAUGUACGCAGAUGUUGCAAUGUUGUUCUUGAGGACCAAGAGAAAACACACGGGCACCUUCCAACCCUGGGAGGGCCCCUUGCGGGAUCACCUGAAUAGAGGCCUCGUGUUCUAUGAACAUCUCUUCCUGUUCCUCCAAAGCCACUAUGGGUUGAGGUUACAAAGCUGUAUUGACUGGCCUCACAGAGCCAUCCACUUGAUUGGUUGCAAGAAGCUAGGGCCUGCUUCAAAGGAGGAGGCAUCCUGGGCACGCAUGGCUUGUCAUCGCUGCCUGCUUUACCUGGGAGACUUGUUCCGCUAUCAGAAUGAGUUCCUAGGUCUGGGCACCGUGGAUUUGGCAGAAAAGUGUUAUUAUAGAGCCCUGUCAGUGGCCCCUCACAUGGGAAUGCCCUUCAACCAGCUGGGAGCUCUGGUAGGAAGUAAGUACUAUGAUGUGGAAGCGACAUACUUCUACCAGCGUUGUCUCCACUCAGAGGUGCCUUUUAAAGGGGCAGCAUGGAACCUCAAGCGACUGUAUGAGCAGGCCCGAAAACGGUACGUCCAUCUAAGGAGGUACCAGGGCAAGAAGUUGUCUCAUCACCAGAGACAGUGUUGGGAUAACAAAAGGCUGCUGGUUAGCUUUCUUUACCUUCAGAGUCUCUUGCAACCUCAGCAGAAAUUCAGAGGCACUAGGUUGAUGGCCCUUUGUCAGCUAGUUUUGGAUGACUUCCAUCUCUGUCUUUUCUACCGACCAUGCCCAUCUGACCAGAUUCAGGCCUGCUCAGAGGGAAAACCCCCAAGUGGCUACUUAUUUCUCCCUGACCUCCUCAUCUUCCACAUGGUGGUUCUUUGCCUCAUGAGUGUGCACAGCCUGAGGAAAACCGGCUCAAGGCAGCACAGGCCAGCUGUUAUCUUCACUUUGAAGCUCUUCUCACAUGUAAUUCAGCAUGUCAACACAAGAAUCCUGGCUGAAUUUCAGAAAGGCAGGCUAACUCCCUCUGUGGUGACCAGUCCCAGUGAUAGAAGUCAGGAGCAAAAGAUUAUGCUGCAGGUCAACUUAGCCUCCUGUGAUGGGCCCCUCAGCAAAUUUCAGAAGAGCCCCAGGUUGUCCUCUGCUUCCUGUGAGGGUUACCCUUCAGAAGCCAUCUUUGGUAGCUUCUGUGACUCAGAUGAGACAGAUGAAGAUGAAAAUAUGUCUGUAAGUUCUCAAGUCCCCUCAGAAAUUAGCAAUGGCACUUCUUAUUCAGAUACAACAGAUGAGGAAGAGAAUGGUGGCGGAAAUCUAGAAGCAGUGCAGAAAAGUGAAGCUAAUUCCCAAAGCAGACACACCCAGGCACAGGGUAAGUCAAGGACACACAGGUCUCCUUGGAGUCUCCUUGAUUUCUUGAAAACAACUUUCUUUACCAACCUCCCAAAUUCUCUGAGCCAAAAGUUUCAAGGAAAACAUGGCUUAUCUUUGUCUGAUGUUGACAGAGGAGGCCUCCUGAUGCCUUUGCCUGAUCCUAACCCUGACUUGGGUGAUACCACAGAUCUAGAGGACAAUGCCAAAGAUACUCCAGAGACAGAAUAUCCUCCUGGGUACUCCCUGUGGCAGGACACCACCACCCACCAGCCUCAAAUCCUACACCAGAAAUUGCAGAUCCUCUCUGCAGAGGGCUUGCUGCCCACCAUUAAGGUGAUGCUGAGUUGGCUUCAAACCAACCAUGGCCUCCUCAGCUCAUGCUGGCUUGGUCCACUCAGCCUGUGGGAUCAUCUGUCUGUGUUGCUGAACUUGCUUCCCUCAGUGGUAGACCUUCAGAAACCAGGCCUGGGACUGUCACCUCAUCUUCAGAAUUUUUUGCAGAGUUGCCAAGGCCCUACCAUGCCCAGAUUCCCACCACUCCCUGAGGACCUUGCCUGGUGCCAAUAUCCUAAGCUACCAUUUUCCUGGGAGAGAGUGACUGUUGAGCAGGACCCACUGCCUCUCAGCUCCCAGGAUGAAGCUGCUGUGCGCAUCUGUUUCCUCAGGAGCUUUGGUCACUUUAUUGCUACCCUCCCUGGAGGUUUCCUGAGGUUUGACUUGAAGUUGGGGCUCUUUGUGAGCAUGGCACCUGGCAGAGCAGAAAAUCCCUCUCAGCAGCUCCUAGAGAGAAUGCCAAGGAUCAGGGUUUCCAAAGACAUGGUACAGUUAUGGCUGCAGCUUAAAAGGCUGCAUGUAGAGAAGAGCAUUGUGGGAUUCCAAGUCCAGUCAGCUUUGACACCUUACCUGUUCCCUGACGCUCGGGCCCUUUGUAAGCAUCUUCCAGUCAUCCAGAAACUGGUUACCUGUGGGAAGUUCUAUCUGAUCAUUCCCAAGUUUGUGGUUGACAUAUUGUAUUUCCUAAAAAAGGAAGAUCACAGAGCCCUGGCAGCCAUCACUUUCUUAGAGGAUGAGCUUAAGAGAGGAAACCAAGCCAUUUUGUGCCAGUCCUUUGUAGCCCAGAGGUUUGUGAGGCCCAGAAUGACCAUCCCAGACUCUGAUGCCUGGGACCUCUAUAAUGUUCUUGAUUUCUGCAAAGGUCUGUUGAAUUCAUCUAGCCUGGAGACAAAGAGUCCCCGAAGCAUGGUCACCAUCAUCACCGGUAUUUGUUUGGACAAUCCUAGGAAUUUUUCAUAUCCUCUACAGAUGGUACUAGGGACAGCCACUGAAGCUGGUGUGGAAAUCAAGAAUGUGCGGCACUUCCACAGGGAGUGGAAGGCAAUCAGCUGACAUGGUCCUCUUUUCUUUCUACUCCUUCAGCACUUGAAGAUCUAUCUCUACAUAGUCCCUUUGCUUGUAUGCACUGAAUAUAGACGCUGUGUCAGCACAU